ACCACUACUGCGGAGGAGACGUCCACGAUGGAAGCAACGCCUACACCGACCAGCACACCCACGUCAUCUAGGUCGACGUCUGCCGCAAAAACUUCGUCCACUGCCUCUGGUCAGGGCGGAGGCGGUGGUGGCAACACCUACGUGGAUCAAGGCUGCCUGGUCAACUGCAAGGGCUCCUGCCCGUCGUCCAGCGGCUGUCCAAACGGCGACGAUUACGGCAGUUGCGUCGUGCAGCGACAGGACGCCAAGCGUUCCUGCGAGAAUAGCUGCGACAGACGAUGCACCAAGACAGUUAUCCCGACGACGAAUGACGCCCCUCGUGCCGUAAGACCGGGAACUGUAGCCACGGCUAUGGCUGCCGCCUUGAACUUUGCGGCUGUCGCUGUAGGGC